CUAGGGGGCUACUUAUAGAAGGCUGGGGGGAAAAAAAAGCUUAAAAAUAUGCUGCUGAAAUUUCAGUAAGAGGGGAAAAGAGAGAGCUUGCGAGAGACAGCAGAGCGGUCCCAGGCUUCCUGAACGCGUCAGAGGCAGGAACCGGCUGUGCUAAGGCUGUUGGCUCAACACGCAGAGACAGAGCCGGAGCAGCCUCAGAGACAGGGAAAGAAGAGAGGGUCCUCCCUGACCCAAGGAAUUACCACUAGUGGAGUACAGCUAUCUGACUUUUUGGUCUUAUUUUGGGUGCCUCUUCUCUCCUUCUCCUGGUAGACCUACCAGCUGGGUUUUGUUUCUUUCGUGAAACCUUCUCUCUGCCUCUCAGAAAAAAAAAAAAAAAAAAAAAAAAGAGAGGAAGGGAAGAGAGGGAGAGAGGUGGGUGCUCUAGAUGAGCGCAUCAGCUGUCUCCAGCCCGAACAGACAAGAAUUCUCUGCCUAGGAAGCUGCUCUCACUCUCCCGGCUACCCACCCCCCCAACCUGGGUGUCUGUCUCAGCUCAGAGGACCAAUCUCUUCUGGAGUUAGAAUCAAAGAGUACGCCGUCAAGAGAAAACAUCAGAGGGGUACUUCAGGAAGAUUCCUGUAACUCCAUGCUGGCUAUUAUAGAAAGAUCUUGAACCAAGCUCUCUCUGGCUGAGAAGAUGGUGAUUGACGGGGAGACAGUGGUCUUGAAGAACAUGCUCAUUGGGGUAAACCUGAUCCUGUUGGGAUCCAUGCUUAGGCCUUCUGAGUGUCGCCUGGAGGUGACCACAGAAAGGGUCCAGAGACAAACUGUGGAGGAGGACGGACAGGCUCCCAGCUACAACACAUCCAGCAAGGAACAGCCUAUGGUCUUCAACCACGUGUAUAACAUCAAUGUACCACUGGAAAGCCUCUGUGCCUCAGGGCUGGAGGCCUCAGCUGAGCAGGAAGUGAGUGCUGAGGAUGACACUCUAGCAGAAUAUACAGGCCAAACCUCAGACCAUGAAAGCCAGGUCACGUUCACCCACAGGAUCAACCUCCCCAAAAGAACCUGCCCAUGUGCAAGCUCUGCCCAGGUGCUGCAGGAGCUGCUGAGCCGGAUCGAGAUGCUGGAGAGGGAGGUGUCAGUGCUGCGAGACCAGUGCAGCACCAACUGCUGUCAGGAAAAUGCUGCCACAGGACAACUGGACUAUGUCCCUCACUGCAGCGGCCAUGGCAACUUUAGCUUUGAGUCCUGUGGCUGCGUCUGCAAUGAAGGCUGGUUUGGCAAGAACUGCUCAGAGCCCUACUGCCCACUGGGCUGCUCCAGCCGGGGCGUGUGUGUCGAUGGCCAGUGCAUUUGUGACAGUGAAUACAGCGGAGAUGACUGCUCUGAGCUCCGGUGCCCGACAGACUGCAGUUCCCGAGGGCUCUGCGUGGACGGUGAAUGUGUCUGUGAGGAGCCCUAUACAGGCGAGGACUGUGGGGAGCUGCGCUGCCCCGGGGACUGUUCAGGGAAGGGGCAAUGUGCCAACGGUACCUGCCUGUGCCAAGAGGGCUAUGCUGGUGAGGACUGCAGCCAGCGGCAAUGUCUGAAUGCCUGCAGUGGACGAGGACACUGCCAGGAGGGGCUCUGCAUCUGUGAGGAGGGCUACCAGGGCCCUGACUGCUCGGCAGUUGCCCCUCCAGAGGACUUGCGAGUGGCUGGUAUCAGCGACAGGUCCAUUGAGCUGGAAUGGGACGGGCCGAUGGCAGUGACGGAAUAUGUGAUCUCUUACCAGCCGACGGCCCUGGGGGGCCUUCAGCUCCAGCAGCGGGUGCCUGGAGAUUGGAGUGGUGUCACCAUCACGGAGCUGGAGCCAGGUCUCACCUACAACAUCAGCGUCUACGCUGUCAUUAGCAACAUCCUCAGCCUUCCCAUCACUGCCAAGGUGGCCACUCAUCUCUCCACUCCUCAAGGGCUACAGUUCAAGACGAUCACAGAGACCACCGUGGAGGUGCAGUGGGAGCCCUUCUCUUUCUCCUUCGAUGGAUGGGAGAUCAGCUUCAUUCCAAAGAACAACGAAGGAGGGGUGAUUGCUCAGCUUCCCAGCGAUGUAACCUCCUUUAACCAGACAGGGCUGAAACCUGGGGAGGAGUACAUUGUGAAUGUUGUGGCUCUAAAGGAACAGGCCCGGAGCCCCCCUACCUCUGCUAGUGUCUCUACUGUCAUUGACGGGCCAACGCAGAUCCUGGUUCGGGAUGUCUCUGACACUGUAGCCUUCGUGGAGUGGACCCCACCUCGAGCCAAAGUCGAUUUCAUUCUCUUGAAAUACGGCUUGGUGGGCGGGGAAGGCGGGAAGACUACCUUCCGGCUGCAGCCUCCCCUGAGCCAGUACUCGGUGCAAGCCCUUAGACCUGGCUCCCGCUAUGAGGUGUCUAUCAGCGCAGUCCGAGGAACCAACGAAAGUGAUGCCACAAGCACCCAAUUUACAACAGAGAUUGAUGCUCCCAAGAAUUUGCGAGUGGGUUCCCGCACAGCAACUAGCCUUGACCUUGAAUGGGAUAACAGCGAGGCAGAAGCUCAGGAGUACAAGGUUGUAUAUAGCACCCUAGCAGGAGAGCAGUACCAUGAAGUGCUGGUCCCCAAGGGCAUUGGUCCAACUACCAGAACUACCCUUACAGAUCUGGUGCCAGGCACUGAAUACGGAGUUGGAAUUUCUGCAGUCAUGAACUCGAAACAAAGCAUUCCUGCUACCAUGAAUGCCAGGACUGAACUUGACAGUCCUCGAGACCUCAUGGUGACAGCCUCCUCGGAGACCUCUAUCUCUCUCAUCUGGACCAAGGCCAGUGGUCCCAUUGAUCACUACCGAAUUACUUUUACGCCAUCUUCUGGGAUCUCCUCAGAAGUCACUGUGCCUAGGGACAGGACUUCAUAUACACUGACAGAUCUAGAGCCUGGAGCAGAAUACAUCAUCUCCAUCACAGCAGAGAGGGGUCGGCAACAGAGCUUGGAGUCCACUGUGGAUGCCUUCACAGGCUUCCGCCCUAUCUCCCAUUUGCACUUCUCUCAUGUGACCUCCUCCAGUGUCAACAUCACCUGGAGUGACCCAUCUCCCCCAGCAGACAGACUCAUUCUGAAUUACAGCCCCAGGGAUGAAGAGGAGGAGAUGAUGGAGGUCCUCUUGGAUGCCACCAAGAGGCAUGCUGUCCUGAUGGGUCUACAGCCAGCCACUGAAUAUAUAGUGAACCUUGUAGCUGUACAUGGAACAGUAACCUCAGAGCCCAUAGUUGGUUCCAUCACUACAGGAAUUGAUCCCCCCAAAAACAUCACAAUUAGCAAUGUGACUAAGGAUUCGCUGACGGUUUCCUGGAGCCCUCCUGUCGCCCCGUUUGAUUACUACCGAGUAUCAUACCGACCCACACAAGUGGGGCGGCUGGACAGCUCCGUGGUGCCCAACACUGUGACGGAGUUCACCAUCACCAGGCUGUAUCCAGCUACCGAAUAUGAAAUAAGCCUCAACAGCGUGCGGGGCAGGGAGGAGAGUGAGCGCAUCUGCACCCUGGUGCACACAGCCAUGGAUAGCCCUGUGGACCUGAUUGCCACCAACAUCACCCCCACAGAAGCCCUGCUUCAGUGGAAAGCACCCAUGGGUGAAGUGGAGAACUAUGUCAUUGUCCUCACACACUUUGCAAUUGCUGGAGAGACCAUCCUGGUUGAUGGGGUCAGUGAAGAAUUCCAGCUUGUUGACCUGCUUCCUAGCACUCACUAUACUGUCACCAUGUAUGCUACCAGUGGGCCUCUCAUGAGUGGCACCAUCGCCACCAACUUCUCCACACUCCUGGACCCUCCUUCCAACCUGACAGCCAGUGAAGUCACCAGGCAAAGCGCACUGAUCUCCUGGCAGCCUCCCAGAGCAGCGAUUGAAAACUAUGUCUUGACAUACAAGACCACGGAUGGAAGCCGCAAGGAGCUGAUUGUGGAUGCUGAGGACACCUGGAUCCGACUGGAGGGCCUGUCAGAGAACACAGACUACACAGUGCUCCUGCAGGCAGCUCAGGAUGCCACACGGAGCAGCCUCACCUCCACUGUCUUCACCACAGGGGGCCGGAUGUUCUCUCAUCCUCAAGACUGCGCCCAGCAUUUGAUGAACGGAGACACUCUGAGUGGCGUUUACACCAUCUUCCUCAAUGGGGAGCUAAGCCACAAGUUGCAAGUAUACUGUGACAUGGCCACAGAUGGGGGUGGCUGGAUUGUAUUCCAGAGGCGGCAAAAUGGCCAGACUGAUUUUUUCCGGAAAUGGGCUGAUUAUCGUGUUGGAUUUGGGAAUCUGGAGGACGAGUUUUGGCUAGGGCUGGACAACAUCCACCGGAUAACAGCCCAGGGCCGCUAUGAGCUGCGUGUGGAUAUGAGGGAUGGACAGGAGGCGGUCUUUGCCUACUAUGACAAGUUUGCAGUGGAAAACAACAGAAGCCUGUACAAGCUCCGCAUAGGAGGCUACAAUGGCACUGCAGGAGACUCCCUCAGCUAUCACCAGGGACGCCCUUUCUCCACCGAGGACAGGGACAAUGAUGUUGCAGUCACCAACUGUGCCAUGUCCUACAAGGGUGCUUGGUGGUAUAAGAACUGCCACCGGACCAACCUCAAUGGGAAGUAUGGGGAGUCCAGGCACAGUCAGGGGAUCAACUGGUACCACUGGAAAGGCCAUGAAUUCUCCAUCCCCUUUGUAGAAAUGAAGAUGAGGCCCUACAAUCACCGUCUCACAGCCGGGAGGAAACGGCGAGCCUUGAAAUUCUGAGUACUAGGCAGCCAGCCACCAGCCAAACGAUCUUUUUCUGUCAUUUGUUUGUAUUUUAUAAUAUGAGACAAGGGGGGAGGGGCAACCAUAAUGUGCUUCACAGCAUAUUCAGAGUAUCUGAAGGAAGCAGGGAUCAGUUAGGUACCAUCUGCUCAUAGUUUCUGCUGCCUUGGAGCCCGACCCUCGGGCUACAUGCUCCCUGCUAACCACUCCUUUAUCACCCCCACCUUUCUCACAGAGGAGGAAAACUGGGGAGUUUAAUGUACAAUUCAGAAACAGGGCCACGAAGUACAGAUUGUUAUGGUGAUGGACACACACACACACACACACACACACACACACGCACACACGCAUCUUUAUCCUCCUUCUGAAAAACAAUCUUCCAACUUCUAACUAAUAGUGAACUGGUCACAGCUGACCAUGGUUAGGUGACCACACCAGCCCAGAGAAGCUUCAACAAGAAAGCUUGGCCAAUCAGCUCUUACGAGGGAAGACACCCACCACAACCUCACGCAGCAGCCCGGGUUAAUUGAAAUGAGUCUCACAUUCUGACACUUUCAGGAGGCAUGGCCUCCCUUCCAGCCACACCCAUCCUUAGUUCUAUCCCCUAGAUCAUAUAGACCUACCAACCUGGUGACCAAAGCUGCCUGCUUCUGACCUGGGUCAUACAAUAGAUGUGCCCAGCCCCUGCCCCACCCCCACUACCACCCUGUCCCAUGUGUCAUAAGCCACUGUCGGGGGAAUAACUUUCUUUGGUGGUGAGACUAGAAGAAGGGUUUUGUUUCUAGCAUAUUUGCAUCAGGCAUCGAGAAAGGAUAGGAGCGGAAGUCAGAGCACCUAGCAGGAUAUCUGUAGUUCCCAUUGGAAACUGACCUUGGUUAGUGCUGCCUUUUGCAUUUAUGAUCUGACUUAGUGUGGAUUCCUUCUCCUAAUGUCAUAGGUGAAGGUCUCUAGUUCUUUCCCUGGCCAGGCUAUACUCAGUGCAAGUGGCUUAAUAAGAAUCAGGGGAAUAAGUUGGAUAACCCCACCCCCACUCCAACUGAUAACCCUGGGGAGAGAUAGAAUGUUUGCUCUGGUUGUUCGUUUGCUUGUUUUGAUCCUGUGGUAAACAGAAGUGACCCCCUCAAUGAGGUGAGAUCAUGAGAAACAAUUUCCACCUCCCUUUUUUAUUCGGCUUUGAGGAGAAAAAUGGAAAGUACCAGAGGAAAUUGCAUUUAGAACUCCAAAGGUGAGAGGAGCAAACUCUCCACCCCUACAUGAUUUGAUUUUUAAGCCCUGGAGAGCUGGAGGCUGCAGACGCCAUGACCUUUAGCCUCUCCUCAAAUCAAAAACCAGCCCAUCUUCCCUGAAGCAUCUGCCCAAGUUGUGCCAAGUCUCUCAGCCACUUUCUCCCUGUCCUCACUCUUCCCUGAGGCCCCAGUGUGUCUGCUGUAGGACCCAUGGCUACCAUCUGGGGCAUCUUGUACCUUUGCCAACUAGUUACUGGAUGAGCUGGUGUCCUGUAAUAGAAACAGCCACUGUCUAACCAAACUUUGAACCAGAAGCACCAAUCCUCUUGGGCUGAUGACCACAGGCCUAGCACUGUGACUGACAGUGGAGUUAGCUUGCUAUUUUCUGUAGCCUUCUCCAUCUUUGUGAUUCAAACUCAUUGACACACUCAAGGCUGAAAAGUACAGGUGGAGUUUUCAUUUCUUUUUUUUUUUUUAAUUUUUCAAUUAGGGCUUAUUUUAUUCUUAACACAAAUGAAGUGAAAACAAACAUUCCCCUCUUACAAAGGAAAAAAUAAACAUAUUUUCAAAAGGUUGAUAGGCAUUUUCGUGACAUAUUUUGUAUGAUAGGAAAAUAUUUUUUCUUUUUUUAAUUUAUUACAAUUUAUUCACUUUGUAUCUCACCUGUAGCCCCCUCCUUCGGCCCCUCCCAAUCCUGCCCUCCCUCCCUCCACUCCUCCAUGCCCCUCCCCCAGUUCACUGAUAGGGGAGGUUCUCUUCCCCUUCCCUCUGACCCUAGCCUAUCAGGUCUCAUCAGGACUGGCUGCAUUGUCUUCCUUUGUGGCCUGGUAAGGCUGCCCACCCCACCCCCUCUCAGGGGGAGGUGAUCAAAGAGCAGGCCACUGAGUUCAUGUCAGAGACAGCCCCUGUUUCCCUUACUAGGAACACACUUGGAGACUGAGAUGCCAUGGGCUACAUCUGUGCAGGGGUUCUAGGUUAUCUCCAUGCAUGGUCCUUGGUUGGAGUAUCAGUCUCAAAAAAGAUCCCUGGGCCCAGAAUUUUUGGUUCUGUUGCUCUCCUUCUGGAGCUUCUGUCCUCUCCAGGUCUUUCUAUCUCCUCCCUCUUUCAUAAGAUUCCCUGCACUCUGCGCAAAGUUUGGCUAUGAGUCUCAGCAUCAUGUACAACCACUUUGGAAACCAAUCUGGCACUUCCUCAGAAAAUUAGGAAUAGUGCUACCUCAAGAUCCAGAUAUACCACUCCUGGGCAUAUAUCCAAAAGAUGCUCAACUAUACUACAAGGACAUUUGCUCAACCAUGUUCCUAGCAGCUUUAUUCAUAAUAGCCAGAACCUGGAAACAACCCAGAUUUCCCUCAACUGAGGAAUGGAUACAGAAAUUGUGGUACAUUUACACAAUGAAAUACUACUCAGCAAUUAAAAACAAGGAAAUUGUGAAAUUUGCAGGCAAGUGGUAGGAACUAGAAAAGAUCAUCCUGAGUGAGGUAUCUCGGAAGCAGAAAGACACACAUAGUAUAUACUCACUUACAAGUGGAUAUUAGACAUAUAUGAUAAAUAUACUAAAAUCUGCAUACUUAAAGAAGCUAAACAAGAAAGAGGACCCUGGGUAAGAUGAUCAAUCCUCAUUCAGAAAGGCAAGUGGGAUGGAUAUUGGAAGAGGGAGAAAACAGGAAACAGGACAGGAGCCUAUCACAGAGGGCCUCUGAAAGACUCUACCCAGAAGGAUAUCAAAAGAGAAGAUGCUGAGAGUUUUCAUUUCUUAAUCCCACAUGGACUUCAAACAUCUAAGAGAAGGAAGAAGAAAGAGAAGCCUAUACGUUAAAUGAGAUUUAACUAUACAUAGGCCAAUCAUGCAGGAUUGAAGGUGAGCAUGCUCAGUGGGUGAUGUGAAGGCUGUGAUAUAGGACCACCUCUGCCAGCAUGCCAGCUACAAGCCCUUAAUGGGUUUGUCAACAUCUCUUGACUUCGGAUCCUUACCCACUGAAGAGGAGUUUAGACCAUAAGGAUUUCUAAUGGCCUUUCAGUCUUAACAGCCAAUAAUGUGAGUCUAUGAUAGGAAAAGCAGAAUCAAAGUUGGCUUUGUAGAGCCAUAGCAAUUAAAGAAAAAUCAGAAUUCUUGUGAAGGAGAUGGGGGAAGGAGGGAAAGAGGGGAGGAAGGAGACCAAUUCAGAAUUCUUCCCCUACACGUACACGCACACACACAUGCUCUUGCAGGGAAAAAAAAAUGCCAAAAGAAGCUGAAGCCAUUAUGUCCGUGAAAGCAGAGCCAAAGACGUGGGUGUGCCUAGACAGCCCACCUCAUCAAGGGAGCUGAAAUGGAACAAAAUUGCAUGUCAUCUGUUCGAGGAAAAAAAAAAUCAAGGAACAUCAAUGGAGAUCCAAACCUGCCUUUCAAUGGGACUAUUUUAUCCUGUGGAACAUUUUUAUAAAUAGUAUCAGCAGCAUCACGGAGUUUCAUUUAAAGAAAUCUUAAAGUAAGGAAGAAACUUCAAAGAUUAGCUUAUCCAACCUUCUGUAAAAGUGUCUAUAGAUCCCUUUCGUUAAGUGGAGCGAAUCUCCCCAAACUCUUAUGUUUUGAAGAGACUGUGCAUUCCACUCUCUUCCCAAGAUCCAUGGCAAGCUCGGCUCAGUUUCUCAACGUCACUGAUGCAACUUCUUCUCUGGGCUUCUUAACUGAUUCCUUUUCUGCUCCUCCCCGAGGAGGCAAGCAGCAAUACUCAGCACCCAUCCGAAUCCCCCAAGUUUCCCAUAAGAGACUCAGACUGGCAGUGAGCCCUGUCCUGAAGACACGUCAGAAAGUACACUUACAAGAAAACUCAAGCAACAAUGACAAUAACCACAGAACAGCAACCGCCACUCACUAGAGACUGCCAUAGAUGCGCUGCCUAGAAUGGAGAGCCAGGACCCUCUUCCUCUUUGCCUACCCUGUCAUAGAAAGAUUGUGUCCAUAUUGAAUUCAACAUUUCCCAGGACUACAUCUGGAAGAUGAAAGGGAUCAGUUGUGAAGACUGUUUGUUAGGGAUGACAACGUUGCAGAAAGUAUUGGCCUUUAGACUUAUGGGUAAAGGGGGACUCUUAUAGGUAAGAGCUCACAGCUGCCAGAUGUACACUGAAUUAUGUGUGAGAAGUGCAGCAGGAGGCAGCAUAGUUCUGGUUCCAGAAAACUCAAAUCAAACCAAGACCCAGAACCCAUUUAUACAGGAAACAGAUUUGUAAAAGGACAGCAACACAGCAGUAGAAAAAUGUGGAGCAAAUUUCCAUAGAUAUUUAAAUGUUCCCUUCUCCCAGCUACCAAUACCCUCUCUCUAAAGAGGUGAGACUCCACUCCUAAUAUUCCACUGCCUUCCACUGAGGAGCCAAGCAGCCCCUAGUAGAUAGAAAACUACUAGGCAAAUUUUCAUUUCAGAGUGUCAAGGCUGCCUUGCCAGUGAGCUCAAUGCCUAAACAAACUAUCCUAAACACAUUUUUACCUCUAAAAUCUAGUAUCAGGACAGAGCUACAGAUUUCAAGACAAGAGGUCAUUACAGAAUCUUUUCAAAGAGAUUUUUCAAAGCAUCCAUUGAGAAAGGUUUGAUGAGUUCCUUUUGUCCUUUUUUCUAAAGAGAGAAAAAAAAUGGGACCUAUGAGAACAGUGGAUGCACCAAGCCAACGGGUUGAAAAGGGGCAGUCAGUGACCACAUUUGAAAAUGCUCCUGAGGCAUGGACUUUUCUUUUGCCUUCACCCAGGAUCUCCAGAAGGAUGGAGGCACUUCCUGGAAAGACAUGCUUUUCUAACUAACCCUUGCUUUCUAAUCACCAAACUCCUAUUCAAUCUAGUCCCUUGGCUGCUUUUCUUUCUCUCUUAAGAGGGAGAUGGGAGAUCAUUUUCCAUCUCUACUUACAUCCUACUGACUACUCUGAAAUAUCCAUAAGGAGACUCUGAAAGACUCAAAUAAUUCAAUUUCAGUCCUAAAGGAGGCGAGAUAAUGCUUUGCUCACCUCAAACUUGCCCAGGCUACACAAAGAUGCUUGGAAUUUCCAGAGACUGAGGUGGAUCAUUAAGGUCUGGCGUUCAGCUGCUCAUCCAUUCUCCCUGGGUGGUCUGCUUCCAUUCAGAUAACAAAACAGCAAAGGUUCCCUCCUCUGGGAAAAGGGGGGACAGAACUGGCUUCUAGGCUGUGGCUGGUAGCUUCUCUUUCUUGUACUGCUGGGUCCUCAGAACAAUUUUUUUAAGUUCUUUGACUAACUACUUCCCUAAGCCUUUGCUUCUUCCAUAGCCCAGCUCUCCCAUAUGUAUUUCUCCUGAUAAUAUUGUAGCAUUUUGGCACUGCCAGGGAAAACGAGAACUCACAGAACAAAUGAAAACUACUCAAAUUAAAUAAGGAAACCAACUCUGGUAGGAAGAGAUGUCACCAGGAUCAGGGGAGGCUCCUGUUUUCAGAGGCUGUGUGUGUUCGGUGCAAACUAGGGUCCCUUUGAAAGAGUGGCUUUGGUUCAUCCUAACUAAAUCCACGCCGGAUUUAGUUAAGCCAUUUAUGUCUUCUUCAGGCUCUGAGAAAAUAGCUUGGAAGAAGAAAAAAAUGCAAGUUAAAUAAAAGAAGCUGAUGUAGUCUUAUAACAUGAAAGCAAACUUUAGAGAUGGCCCCACAGUGGAAACAGAAACUGCGUGAGUGGCCCACAGUAAAAGCACCAGCAUCAGUAAAGGCACCAGCAUCCAUCGACUUCUCAAAUUGGUAGCCUCAGUGCACAGAAGCAAGAAGCAAGAAGCAGAAGGGCUGUUUUUGCUGCUCAACCAGUCUUGCCUCAACCUCACUUUUCUUUUCCCAGCUAGCACAGCCUAAUUGCUCAUCUCAGGCAUCUCUGAUUUAUUUUUCCAAGGUCAUUCCUUGCCUGAAACAUGACUUCAUUGCACUUUGUUGACCAAAUGUCCUUGGCAAACCUUGCAGUCUUUGGACAGUGUUACUUUGUUUCCAAAUAAGAAACCCUCCCUCCUCCCAUAGUUUAAGAAGCCUAUUGCAGAGUGUCUGUUUAACACCCCUGGCGCUGGUUGGGAAGAUCUCUAUUGACUUAAUAGAACAUCUUCUAUCUGAGCUGUGAUGCUGGGCUAAAGCUCAAUUUCUAAUUUAGGAAUAUUUAAUCCUCACAAAGCCCCCGAAUGGACACUCUCCAGAGUACAGUCAUUGGUUAGUUGCUACCAUGGGCUCUGGAGAGAAAAUACAAGAAUCUCUGGUAUUCUACACUAUACUCGGGAAGCCUGAGCCUCACCAGGGCCCGGGGUUAGUGUUGCGGGGUGAAGGGGGAAACAGACACAUGGGUAAGAACUCUUUUCUUCUUGUCAGUGGUUUUACAACCCGCAGAGAAAGCUGUAGCCUUUAAACAAUUUGUUGUUAAACACUAUUAUGCUCAAACCUGUCUCCUAGGCAAAUAUUUAAAAGUACUCCUUCUGAGCCAAAGGAAAUUCUGGAGAUCAUCUGACAUGACUCUCUCAUGUCAUACUCAAGAAAAGCAAGGCCAAAAUAGGCGGGCAGCUUGCCCUAGUUCACCUAGCCAAUUAGAGAUAGAAAUGAGGGCAGGCCUGGUACAAUUGCUUUUUGUGUCUUUAUUUUUUUUUUUAAUUUUGUCUCUCUUUUCAUAGAGACUGAAAAGAAUUAGUACUUAAUGUACACCUAUUGAUCAGAUUCUGCAAAGGGCUUUGCACUUCAUAUCAAUUACUUUAUUGAAGCCUCACCACAAUCCAGAGUAAGUUUUAACCAUUUUACAGAAGAGGGAAAUGGACGCAUGGGCAUGUUAGUAGCCCGUCUGAAAUCACAGUUUCUGAGGAAUACCGUCAUCUCUAUCUAAUAUAAGCGUCCUUGGUUUUUCCAGUUUGCAAAGCCACUGUCACAUUGACUAGGCAGCCACCAUCUUGAAUCUCACUAAUAUUCUCAUGACAGCAUUUCAAACUCCAUCAUUCUCUUCUUUUCCUUUUAACAAAUGGCAAUUCUUGUUUGUGUGUUUGUUUGUUUUUCUGCUACAAAACUCCAGGAGACCCCAACUGUUGGAAAUGAAAGCCUAGAAGCAAUUCUCACUCUCUCUCUCUUCUGUCUAGAGUUUUGAAGACAGAGCCAGAGCAUAAAUGUAGUUUCCCACCCAGUCCCAGAGCUACACAGCAGCCUCUGUCUUUUCUAACUUAGACCCCUUCUCAAACUAGAGCAAGAGACAGAACCAGGAUCAAGGAAGGAGAAACCACAGGAUAAAUACAGUGUAAAUUCUAGGGUAAGAAUUCACAAAGGGAGGGUUAUGAGUGUGUUUAAAUAACUAGAAACAGCAGCAAAUGCAAACAUCCUAUGAAUUUCUGGGCUAAAAUCAGCAGGGUGUGGGGGAAAUUUCACACAACCCCCUUCCAGACUUACCAAGUUUCCUGAAAGAACACAUCAGAGGACGUAAGACAGGGGAGAAGUUCUGUGUGUUUGUUCCCUCAUUUCUUCCUCCAGCUCUUUACCUGUCUCUCACUCCUGUGAAUCAGAAGCCUGCUACAAUCCUGACUAACUUUGCUACUUUGGAAAAUUUAGAAAGAUAUCAGAAAAAUCAGGCAAAACUCCAAUAAUGAAUCACUUUCGCCUCCUUGAAAGUUUAUGUUAAAAGGACUAGGUCUCCUCAAGAGGAAAUUCAGGUCCCCUUAGAGUGGGGGCUCCUGGGCAGCACAUCCAAUAUACAUUAAAUACAGCAAGCAGUGCAGCGCCUGCAGAAAUGUCCUCCAGCAGAGUAUUCCUAUUCUGGCUCCUUUACACACUGUUUCCCUCCAGGGCCUAGGGCCAUUGCAGGGACUCACAAAAAGGGUAAGAAUAUGUAAGGGUCAAUUUCCUCCUGCCUCUCCUAACACAUACAUGCUCUUCCCUCCUAUAUCUAUACACACACACACACACACACACACACACACACACACUUAUUCUAACCCCAAGUACCCUCAAGCCCUAUAGGAAUUCCCAGGUGCCCAAAACAAGUCACUGUGACUCUGAGGGGUUUUACUACCUGGGGCUCCAAGCAGAUGAAACUCAUCCUGGCGAUCUCUCAGUUGUCAUCCUGAGAAAGCAUAAGCACCAAAUCCUCCAAUCCCUCCGAAUUUGAAUUUGUGGUUUUAACCUUUUAAUAGCCUUUUCAGGUAAAAGUAACAAAGACCAAUUUACUGACUUUGUAGCUACACUGUUCUUGAAAAGGCUCUUGCUUAAAAGAAAGGCCAAAAGAAAGAAAGCAAAGAGAAUGUGCAUAUGGUAUAAGCUUGUCAGGUGAUGUACACUCAUGAACAAAGAUAAAAAGCUGGAGAGGGAGGAAGAGGGAGAGCCAGCUUGCCCCAUCCUUUCAUGGCACUGUAGCUCAAAGACUGGAAUCUGCUUGUUAACCAUUGUUAACUAGUAUUUUUAGUCCCGGUUGCUUUUAGCCUCUGUAUAGUUCCUUUUUUAAACACAUUUUCUAUACGUUAAUAAAAGAUCCUGAAGGAAAGGUA